GUACAUCAACUUAACAGAGAAGGAAGAUUCUGGACGAGAAGUCCAAACAAUUCGACUCGGUCCACAAGCGGCACAACGAUCAGUAGAGAUAGAAAGUAGAUUAAAUAAAUCAACCCUCUCCAUCUCUGCCCCCCCCCCCCCCCCCCCCCCCCCCAUCUCAAAUUGACAUUAAAGAUAAGGUUCCAAUGUACAGUCUCACCUGUCCUGGUUACGAUGUCGGCGACCCAAGCAUCCGGGGAAGAAGUAGCAGCGGCAACGCGCGGGAAAGCUUUAGCAAGGGUCAUGUUCGGGAUCCAGCAAUCCUUCCAGAAGGAGACCCAAGCACCUCCUCCUGGAUCAAUGUGGACAUGCUUCCAGAAAGUCUCAUACUCCCUAGUGAUAUUGGCCCAAACAGACCCCAAGAAUCCGCUUUUACAGCGAUCACUCCGCCAAAUGGAUUGGGAAUCAGUAUACUUGGAGUUUAUAAGCUCCUUCCACCAAGAGUUAUUCUCAGACGCGAAGCUCCAAAGCCAUUUGGAAAGCAUGGCUUUAUUGAAGCUCUUAAUGUCUACCAUGCCAAGGCCGCCGUCUUCCUUCGAAACCUUGCACAAAUCCCAUCUCACAAGGGGAAUCCUUUGAUUUUCAGACGUACCACUCCACACAAAUCUCCUUUGGAUCUUUUCGAUUCUAUUCACUACCUCCAUUGGAGCUCGCAAAAGAGAGAAAUAAUACAUGAGCUGAUUUGACAAAACUGAUUUAUUCAAAACCAGUCUGCCACCAAAAGAAAGAAACUUAGCCUUCCAACCCUCGAGCCUUUAUUGGUACUUCUCAAUGAUGGGAUACCAAGUCGCGGUAGCAUUCACCUUCGAUCGAAGAGGGUAGCCAAGAUAUUUGAACGGCUCAUUGCUCCACCUACACCCCAUAAUAUCCACAAAGAAUUCUGGGUUCAGGACGUCGCCAACAGUAAACAUAAUCGAUUUGUCCAGGUUGAUCCUUAAUUAGUCCCGAGACUGCUUGGGAGCAAACAAACGUGGCCAUAAUGCUUAAGACUUGAUCACAGGAAGCAUCGCAGAAGACGAGGGUGUCAUCGGCAAAUAAUAAAUGUGAGACUUCCCCGGCACCCGUGUUAUCGUUCAUGCAAAAUCCUUUGAUUUUCCCGGCUUCCCGCACCUUCUUCAUCAUAAAGGACAAAACAUCCAUAACAAGGGAAAAGAGGCCAGGAGAAUGCGGAUCGCCUUGGCGGAGACCCUUCUGCGGCUGGAAAUAGCCUUCAACUUCACCGUUUAUGAGAGUGGAUAUGACCGGAGAGCACAUAGUUCCAUGAAUCCAGCUUUGCCACUUAGAAGGAAAACCGGGCUUUGAAAGAACUUUGAAGAGGCAAUCCAAGCUAACAUUGUCAAAUGCCUUUUCGAUAUCAAGCUUGAACAUAAUCCCAGGCUUCUUGCUCUUCCACAGGCUGUCCAAGUAUUAGAGUAUAGGGUAGUACGAGUAGUAUUGUGUUAUACUACGAGUACUGUUAUGUAAUUGGGUAGAGUUAUAUUCCUUAUCAGAGUUGUACAAGUUAAGUAGUUUCCAUAUUAGUGUUAGGGUUAUUAUAGAAGUCAGUCUCUGUACUCUAUAUAAACCUAUAUGGUUUCAGUAAUAAAACACAACAGUUUUCACCGUAUUCUGAUUUCUCAACAUGGUAUCAGAUCCUGAUUCAAAAAUCUAAUCGAAAAAACCCUAAACUCCUUUUCUUCUUGGGCCGCCCACCAUGAGUGCACAGUCGCCCGGCAUACGAUUAUGAUCAUUGCCCAACCACGAUCUGAUCACUCUCCCUGAUUAUUGUUUUUAGUUGUAGCUUAUGUGUUUAAAAGAAAAUAAAAUUCCCCAAUAGUCUUUUCCUUUCUUUUCCCGAGUCCUUGUGAAGUUACAAAGGCAGUGUCCGAGCGUGAUUUGUUUGCCCGAGUGUCGCCGCUAAUCUGCUCUGUUGGUCGGCAAGAAUAACAGCUCCGUCAUCAGCAUUUUGAUCGUUGUCAAGUUACUGUUUAUCUCCAGUUCACAAGAUCAGAUUCAUUUUGGUCAGUCUUUUACUCCAAUCCCAGGUUCGUGCACGCAGUCUUCUCGGUAUUAUUUCGCAUCAAGUAUCCGGAAUCUUGGACAUGGGAAUUUUGGGUUCUGUUUGACUUCAAGUGAAUUUGGGUUGCAGUUCGGAUUGCUUUUCUCUGAUUGGUCAAUUUGGAGUAAUUGAAUUCUUGGGACAAAGUAAAGGAACUAGCUCAAACGCGAUCAGACCAGCAAGUUUCUGAUCACAAGUCUGCCGCAGGGGGCAGUAGACUUAACGAACCGUAUGCAGGUCAAUUAUGGAAGAGGGAGAUUGCAGGGCCCGAAUAUAUCCUUGUGCUAUGAAUGAUUGUUUCAGAUGGACAGAGGACUAUCCUCCUGUGAUUUUGGAAUCUGUAAUGGUUGAUCUGAGCCGUAUGGCCAAUUAAUUAAAGCAGGACGUGAAU